GGCACAGUUAACAUCUCUGACGUGGUGGCUCUUUGUGUUUUAAUAACAAAUGACAGUGCUUGUGUUUAUUGUUUAUAGCGGAAAACGAUUUGAUGUAGCUGUGUGGCAACAACAAACACUGCGUGUGGCAAGCUGUAAACAAUGGCCAUGAGUUCGAGAUAGACGCUACUGUUACCUUGUGGUGAAAGUUAUGCAGUGCACCUCCCUCCCCUUACACAUUGACAUAGUUUAUGUUCAGCAUAUCUACAGAACAAGGAGAUUGGUCUAUCAUCUUGUGUCACUUCACUGGUGCUGCCCUGUGAACCCCAGUUGCAAAUAAGGUGGAAGGGAAGAUGGAGAAAUGUGAAUGCUGUAAUAUAUUAGUGCCUGCAAAGGAGUUUACAAAGCAUCUGCAAGACAAACGCCAUCGGCUAAGGGAGAAGAGAUUUAAUGAAAUGAUACAGAAUAGUGUUUUCAUAAGCUGUCUCCCUGGAGGUGUAGACCAAGGAAUGUUGAUUGAGGCACUGAGUAGGUUUGGAAAGGUGCGAACUUGUUCUAUUUUCCAGAGAUCAAAUAAUGCAGUUGCUGAGUUUGAGCAAAGAGAGGCAGCGAGAAAGUGUCUUCAAGAACCAGUGUAUAUUGGUCAAACACUUCUUAAAAUGGCCCCUCGCAGGAAACCAAAGCCGAAAGCCGAUCCAGCUCCAGUCCCGGAUUCUGAUGUAGAUCCCACAGAACUUAUAUCUAUUCUUGAAGGGGCUCAUUCUAAUGGCGUAAGAGAUGUUGAUGCCUUAAUUGACUUGGCAGUCCAGACUGUGAGGUUACAGGAUCCCGAGCGAAACCGCAAGCUGCUUAUGCUGCAGAGAGAUCUUGAAGAAUGCAUCUCGGAAUUGGUUCCAGGCUGCCAAGCACACCAGUUUGGAUCUUCUGUCACGGGUGUUCCACUUAGAGGAUCUGAUACGGAUAUUGUGAUGAUUCUGCCAGAGAUUGCUGCCAGAAAUUUUGAUGGUCCCCAGAUAGUGAGACGUGUACGUAAACUUCUAUGGACCCGUCACCGAAAAUUUGGGUCCAUUGUUGCAAUUCCUGAAGCUCGCAUACCUAUAGUAAAAAUCAUCCAUAUACCAACUGGCAUUGCUUGUGAUAUUAGCUUCCAAGGACAAGGAUGUGUACUUAAGAGCAAGCAGUUGUCUCAUGUAUUAGACAUGGAUUUUAGAAUACGACCACUUAUUAUUUUCCUGAAGUAUUGGGCAAAAUGUCACAAUAUAAUAAGUUUAUCCAGGUUCUCGAGCUAUGCAGCUACACUGAUGGUGGUGUUUUUCUUGCAACAACUGCCAGAACCAAUACUUCCACCAAUUCAAAAGAUUCUUCAUCCAGAUCCUGGGAAUCCAUGUAUGACUACAAGGAAUACAGAUUCUUUGAGCAAACUUGUUGAAGAGUAUUUCAGAUAUUAUAGUGAAACUGAUUUAACAUAUCAAGUGAUAUGCCCAUGGGUUGGCCAUCUGGUACCAUGUGAAGCAUUUUCUGAAACAUUGAAGGUCACAAUUCCAGAUGAGGUCAAGCAUAUCAGAAAUUUAUUAUCCAUGCACAACAAUUCUCUUGAGAUUAAUACUCCUCUGGUAGUGCAAGACCCAUAUGAAAUGAACCGAAAUGUUACAGAGAGGGUGAAAGAUAAAGAUUUUACUUUCUUCAGACUCUGUUGUGGAGAAGCAGUUAAAAUCUUAAGGGAAGGAGCACCAGCAUUGCUUUUUAAGGAUUUGUGUGUCCCAAGGGAAGUGGAUGACAGUACAACUUUAAGUGCAGACCUUUUCCUAAAGCCAGAGUACCUUGGUGCAGUGGACAUUGCUGCUGAGUCAGCCAGACAAAUGCUAUUUGCACGUUGGACACAUGCUGUUGUUGCACUUGUUCCUGAAUUUUUAACUAGAUUUGUAAGGUUGAAGGUAGAACCAGUUGAUGAUACAAGGGGUCCAGUAUCUGUGGAGGAUUGUAUGAUUACUAAGUGUCUGCCACGUAGUUGGAAAUGUUCCGGCAAACCCGUACUGCACACGUGGAAUAUGCGCAAGAAGGCUGCCACAAAGCAUAAAUUAGAUCCCAAACUCCCUAUGAUGGAGCGAGAAACACUGAUUUCACAGCAUCUAGAACAAGAGCCAUCAGAAGUUGAAAAUGCAUCAUUCAUUGUCCGUAUUAUUGCUGGAAGCAAAAAGGAGUCUGUUCGCUGUUGCCUCAUAGCACACACAGCAGAUGCAGCUCUCUAUCAUAUCAUUGCCAGAAAGCUGCUUUCACUUAUUCCCCUGUGGUUAAAUACUGCCUUUGUAUCCAGAACUGCAUUGAAUUACAUUUCUGACUUCUCCUUGUCAACUAAUACAGAUGCAGGAAGUGCCUUGCCUGCUAAUGCAAAUGUAUGUGGUAAUACAGAAGAAUCAUCUGCUGCAGAGAUAGUUCUGGAAAAAGGAGCACCAGCAUUGCUUUUUAAGGAUUUGUGUGUCCCAAUGGAAGUGGAUGACAGUACAACUUUAAGUGCAGACCUUUUCCUAAAGCCAGAGUACCUUGGUGCAGUGGACAUUGCUGCUGAGUCAGCCAGACAAAUGCUAUUUGCACGUUGGACACAUGCUGUUGUUGCACUUGUUCCUGAAUUUUUAACUAGAUUUGUAAGGUUGAAGGUAGAACCAGUUGAUGAUACAAGGGGUCCAGUAUCUGUGGAGGAUUGUAUGAUUACUAAGUGUCUGCCACGUAGUUGGAAAUGUUCCGGCAAACCCGUACUGCACACGUGGAAUAUGCGCAAGAAGGCUGCCACAAAGCAUAAAUUAGAUCCCAAACUCCCUAUGAUGGAGCGAGAAACACUGAUUUCACAGCAUCUAGAACAAGAGCCAUCAGAAGUUGAAAAUGCAUCAUUCAUUGUCCGUAUUAUUGCUGGAAGCAAAAAGGAGUCUGUUCGCUGUUGCCUCAUAGCACACACAGCAGAUGCAGCUCUCUAUCAUAUCAUUGCCAGAAAGCUCCUUUCACUUAUUCCGCUGUGGUUAAAUACUGCCUUUGUAUCCAGAACUGCAUUGAAUUACAUUUCUGACUUCUCCUUGUCAACUAAUACAGAUGCAGGAAGUGCCUUGCCUGCUAAUGCAAAUGUAUGUGGUAAUACAGAAGAAUCAUCUGCUGCAGAGAUAGUUCUGGAAAAAGGUAACACAGACAAACAAGAUGAUGAUCUGUCCAGUUGAAGCAUUCCAUUCCAAGUGCUUCAUAGCUUUAACAGUGCGAUGAAAAUUGAAAGUUGGCAGUACUCUCCUCAUUGUUACCUCUCUUCCACAGUGAAAACUAAUUCUUUCUAAUCUUCAGCAUUGUGAACAAUUAAGUGGUGUUUUCCAUGCACAGGUGAGAUGAGUAACAUUGUGUCAUGAAUUUUACUCAGGACAUUAACGACACUGCAACCAUCGUAAGGAAUAAAUAAAAAAUUAAACUAGUCUGCAUCAAAACUGUUUCCUUUGGAAAUGCUGAAAUCCCUUUUGAAACACAGUCUACAUGUUUGUAAAUAAAUAUUUGACUGGAAGCUAUUUUUCACAAGUAUACACAAGCAAUUUGUGUAAUAUUGAAA